AUGGCUCUGAGCUCUCGGGCACACGCCUUUUCUGUCGCUGCCUUGGUGGGGAGAUCCAGCAAAAGAAAACUACAAGAACCAAGAGAGGAAGCACAGCUUGAACUACAGGAGAAAGAGAGCGUAGAGGAAGAGGAGGAGAGAAGGAAAGGCACUCCAAGGAAGAGCAAACAGCCCGAAAAACGAACCAAGACAGAGCCCCCAACAAUUUUCUCUGGCUGUGGCAUUGUCCGUGGCAAUGACAACAGCAGUGAAAAUCUGGACAAGAAAGAGGUUAUUGAAGCAGAACUUCAAGGAUCCGAACUGUGGAAGAAAUUCCAUGACAUCGGGACUGAGAUGAUCAUUACCAAAGCCGGCAGGCGGAUGUUCCCCUCUGUUCGGGUCAAGGUGAAAGGGUUGAACCCAGGGAAACAGUACUAUGUAGCCAUUGAUGUGAUCCCAGUAGAUUCCAAACGUUACAGGUACGUGUAUCACAGUUCAUAGUGGGUGGUAGCAGGAAAUACAAACCACUCAUGCCUCACUCCCAGAUUCUAUGUCCACACAGACGGACCCUGCUUGGGAGAGACCUGGAUGCAGCAGAUCAUCAGCUUUGAUCAUGUGAAACUCACCAACAAUGAGAUGGAUGACAAAGGUCAUAUCAUUCUUCAGUCCAUGCAUAAGUACAAACCCUGUGUGCAUGUGAUAGAGCAAGACAGAAGGGUUGACCUCUCUCAGAUUCAGUCUUUGCCUACAGAAGGAGUUAAAACGUUCUCCUUUAAAGAAACUGAAUUCACCACAGUAACAGCUUACCAAAACCAGCAGAUUACCAAACUGAAAAUAGACAGAAAUCCUUUUGCUAAAGGAUUUAGAGAUCCUGGAAGAAGCAGGGGUAUGUUGAAUGGGCUUUUAGAAACCUACCAAUGGAUGCCUUCCCUCACUCUGGAUUUUAAAACCUUUGGUGCAGACACACAAAGUGGAAGCACUAGUUCAUUUCCAGUAACCUUUAAUGGAGGUGCUCCUUCUCCUUUGAUCUCCUUACUUUUUCAAACUUGCUCUCCACCUAUGUUUUACUUCCCUACCAGGGCCCUUGGAAUGCCCUGUCUGGAGACACACCUGGAUAAUAUCAGCUUGCCCCUUUGCUACAAGAUUUUUACAGCUAAUUUUUGGCAACAGCAACCUCUUGUUUUACCUGCUCCCAAAAGGCUAGCAAACAGCAAAAAUUCUCUGUCUUUAGUCCCACUCAUGAUGGAAGUGCCCACACUAUCUUUAUUGGAGGUAAUCAAUUCAAAAAGUGGUUCAUCCAAAGACUUCAAUGAACUAUGUCUACAAGCACCCAAUUCUGCCAAUCAGAUGUUAUAUGGAUUACAGACAACCGGAAAUAUUUUUCUGCCAAACUCUGUUGCCCAGGAAACACAUAGUUUUUCCUUCCAUCCUCCCCAUAGCUUUUAUAGAUACAACUACUCCAUGCCAUCUAGACUGGUAAGUUCUGCCAACCAUCUCAAAAAUGACAACAGUCAAGUUUCCUUUAGAGAAGAAAAAUGCAAUCAUAUUCAUCAAUAUCCAACAAUUAAACAUUGCCUUUAA